GGCGAGGAGGGGGUGAGGAGGGCAGGGGGGGAAGGGGAGACGAAGGAAGAGAGAAAUGCCACUGCCGCCGAUCGAAGUGCAGAGGCGCCCAUGUCUACGAAGGGGGACUAGGCCCUGAUGAGUCACCUUGUCCUCAUGCGCCCAGCUCUCGACUCGACACUCCAGUAAAGCAGCAGCUGCUCCUCUUCACCCUCCCCUGCCCCUCCCUCGGGCCCGCCCUCGCCCUCUCCCUCUCCUUCGCAGUAAACGCAGUCCAGCAGUCGACGACGAGCGAGACGGAUCUGUCCCGCGGGAGAGCACAGUGCGAGCACGCCGUUCGUGCAACUGCGCGAGACAGAGCAGACGAGCAGAGCUCUGUUCGCGCCGGGUACGGUCUCUGUCCUAGUGACAGACAGAGGAGCGGAGGGAAGGGGGCGAGAACAAAAGCUCGCAGUAGGUGGGGGGGAGGGGAGGAGGAGCGGAUGUAGACACUCCGAGAGUGGAGUGCCACAGUCCAAGCCCCUUCAGUUCAGCUCAGCUCAGCUCAGCUCGCCUCGCCUCAGUGCGGUGCAGUGCAGUGCGACCCACGCCUGCUCUGCUGCGCUCGCCCGGAAGGAGCUGCGAGCAUCAUCGCCGGGAGCUGCGGUGGUUCUAGAGCUUGCAUUAUAUGUAGCUCGAGCGCAACCGCUUUCGGAGAGGCCCUGUGAGAGAACUUCUUCACUCACGGAUCUCCCAGGCCCGCAGCGGGGCGGAGCAUCAGCAGCAGCAGCAGUAGUAGCAGCGGCGGCAGCAGAAAAGCAUCAGGAGAAGCAGAAUCUAUGGCAUUGUCGCAGCGAAACGAGUAGACGGAGGAGAAGGAGAAGGGGAGCGCGAAGAGAGGAAGAAGAGGGCGGGCGAUCGAGUAUUGCGCCGGGGGAAUAGGGUUUACCGACAGAAAGCGCGCGGACAGAUCGGUCGAUCGUCGAAGGACAUGGAGUAUUACCUGCCUCCCCCGCCGUUCCCCCUGCUGAGCACGUCGGUGGCGCCGGAUCCGACCCAGCUCUGGGGCGCGCAGAUGCGAGUGGCGCCCAUGCCCACGAACGCGCCGUGGCAAAAUUUCGUGCUGAACACGGGCACCACGGCCGAGUAUCUGCACCCUUACAGCAUCCAGUCGUCCGAUGGCAAGCUGGCGAUUUGCUACCCCAAGCGAAUGGCCGAACUGGCCAUCAUGUUCCAAGUCAUCGUGGCCGAUCUCAUUCUCUCGUGCCUGGAGGAGGGCACCUCGCCGCACACCGUCACCAAUUACGACGAUCUCAGCGUCACCCUCUCCUACGGCUCGGGCCGCCUCUCGGUUCCUGUGGUGCGCGGCUGCCCCUACGUCACGCUGCUCUUCCGCGAUGGCACUCCCGUCAUCUCGUCGUCGCAUGCAAUUCUGAGCGUCGAGUCCAACGCCGACAACACCAAGCACAAGGUGCAGCUCAACAACGAUCAGACCUGGCUCAUCUACUGCUCGGCGCCGCUGCCCGUCGACCGCAACCUCGCCGUCAGCAACAAUGGCCAGCGCUACACGGGCACCAUCCGGAUCGCCGCUCUGCCCUCGGGCAAUGCCACCGACUCCAACGAAGCCUACCUCGAUCAGUACAAGGAUGCUUACCCCGUGGGCGGCGUGGCGGAUUUCUCCGUGCCCUUCCAGGCCAAGUACUCGUGGAAGAAGGAGGGCUCAGGCGACCUGCUGAUUCUGAGCCUCCCGCACCAGCGCGAGAAUGCGACCCUCUCGGCCGUGCAGUCAAUUCCCAGCCUCUCCUACAGCAGCAUGGACGGAUCCCUGGAGGGCGUGGUGGGCGAUACCUGGACCAUCACCACGGCGCCAAUCUCCGUGGGCUGGUUCUCCGACACGGGCCUGCAGAAGCCCGAGUACCGCGACCCCGUGGUGGCGGCCUUGCGGGCAGAUGUGGCCAAUCUGAGCACCAUCAACACCACGGCCACGUACUUCUACGGCAAGCAGCUGGCGCGAGCGGCGAGGCUGGCGCUUAUCGGGCAGGAGAUCGGCAACUGCGAGCCCGAGGUGGAGAAGGUGAGAGAGUUUCUCGUGAGCACCAUGAGCCCGUGGUUCGACAACUCGUUCCAGGGGAAUGGGCUGGUGUAUGACACGAAAUGGGGAGGGAUCGUGAGCACCACGGGCGCAUCGGAGGUGGGUGGGGAUUUCGGGCUCGGCGUGUACAACGACCACCACUUCCACUUCGGCUACUUCGUGUACGCCGGGGCGGUGCUGGCGAAGCUCGAUGGGCAGUGGGCGCAGAAAUACAAGACGUAUCUGUACGCGCUGAUGCUGGACUACAUGAAUCCCGUGGCCGGGACGCAAAUCUCGCCCAAGCUGAGGAACUUCGACGCGUACAAGCUGCACUCGUGGGCGGCGGGGCUGACGGAUUUCGUGGACGGCAGGAAUCAGGAGAGCACGUCCGAGGCCAUCAAUGCCUACUACGCCGCGUCGCUGCUCGGGCUGGCAUACGGGGAUGCGUCGCUGACGCAGCUCGGGCUGACGCUCACGGCGUUCGAGAUCAACGCGGCGCAGGCGCUGUGGCACAUUCGGCGCCACAGCACUCUGUACGACGAUGUGUUCGUGGAGGACAACAGAGUGGUGGGCGUGCUGUGGGCGAACAAGCGCGACAGUGGGCUGUGGUUCGCCGCGCCUCAGAACAAGGAAAUGCGGCUGGGAAUUCAGAUGCUGCCCAUCACGCCCGUGACCGGGUUCGUCUUCACGGACGAGAAAUUCGUGCACGAGCUCGUGGACUGGACCAUGCCGCGCCUCAGCGAGCCCGACGUCACCGACGCCUGGAAGGGCUUCACCUACGCCCUGCAAUACCUCUACCACCCGCACCCGGCCGUCAACAUGAUCGACCAGCUGCAAGGCUUCGACGACGGCAAUUCCAAGUCCAACCUGCUCUGGUGGAUCUACACCCGGCUCUGAUCUCAAUUGCCCCGAUCCUCGAUCAGC